CAAAGAGAGUUGUCAAGAAGCUCCGCGCGAAGCAGCAACAAGCCAUGGAGCAUAAGCUGCUGUCCGUCCUCCUCCUCGCCAUCCUCUGCGCCGGCCCCGGGCACGCCCUGCGUCUCCUCAACGACGUCGACGGCGGCCGGGAAUUCUCCUUCGGCUCCAAGGCAGCCGCGGCGGGCGCCGAGACCGAGCCGCUGGACCCGUCCCUGGGCAACGACUACGAGAACGAGAUCAGCCACGUGGAGUUCGAGCCGGAGCUCGGCAGCACAGCGCCGUUCGCCGCGGCGCCCGUGCCCGCCGCGACGACCACAGUCACCGUCGCCGCCGCGGCGGGGCCGGCCGCGGAGCCUGUGAGGGUCCGCAAAGCCGCUGCCACCGCGACCGCGGAGGCCGCCGGCACCCGGAGCAUGAAGUGGUGGCUGCCGCCGUCGACGAUGCCGUCGUUCCCGCUGUUCCCGAACCCCGGCGGCAUGCCCGGCAUCCCCGGGCUCCCGAUGCCCGGCAUGCCGUUCCACCCCAUCGGCGGCUGGGGCGUGCCGGCGCCGCCCGACCAGUCCCCGCCGGCACCCCCUGCCGCCGCGACCACGAACGCCAACGACCCGAACGCGAACGGCGGCAUCAACUGAGACCAGCGAGCUCUCGCUGCUUGCGCAUGAUCGGCGGCGGACGGUGCUAGAGCUAGCUGCUCACCGUUCCAUCUCAGUACUUACUACUACUAGCCUACUAGUACUGCUACCCCUAGUCCCCUACUAAGGCCUAGCCGUGUUGGGUUCGGAACAUGAUUUGUGACCAUGUGGAUGUGGUUGGCACUUGGCAAUUGGCAUCAUGAACAUGUGUUGCUUCAAUGAGGGCGUGCCAUUUGUUCUGCUGCUCUAA